UUUCUGAAGUAAGCAGUCUGUAGGAGGAUCAGGUCGACUGGUUCGAGUGUGUAGAAAACGUGAGGGAGCAUUAGAGGCAGGUUGUAAGAAGAGCGAUUCGAGCGUGAGCUAAUAAACCAGCGAAUAGAUUUUAAAACUCGUACCACUAGUAAUAUAUAUUUAGUAGUAUUAGUGUAUAUAUAGAUAGUUUAGCAAUCUAUCCAAAGUAAGGCAUGGCUAGCUAGCUAAUGGUAGCUAGCUAGCUACCAUGUUGAUUGGAUCUCGUGUUGUCAUGCGCAGCUAGCCUGAUAUCAAAUACAUUCGAAAGGGCAUGCAUAUCACAAGCUUGUUCACUAACUAGAUUGUGUGUAGUACACGGAUCUUAUGCAGUAGACAAAUUGCCAGACUUCUGUUAACAACAAACGGGUUCUACUGGCACCAAUAGUAUGUUUCAGUCCAUGCAAAGGCGUCCGAUCUGUGAGAUCGGUGUAAGUGCGUUGAGGCUUCAAAGCAGCAAGGCAUGUCGAGAGGGUGUUGGCAAGGGCAAUGGCAAAUCCGUCACUGCUGCAUGGAUUGGCCGAAGGAUGGGCCUUUUCUUGUCAUGGCUCCAGAGAUCAGGGGUGGGUAAGAGUGAAACGGUGGGUUCUGACAAGAAGAAGCAAGGCCUACUGUCCAUUUUUGCCAACCAUUGUAGUUUUGUGACUGGGCAGAGGCUCAGACGUGCACAUCAGAUUGGAGAGCUUUACUCCAACUUGUACUCUGAGCGAACCAGGUGGACCCUGGUCGGCAGCAUAUGGCGACAACUCAAGAGCAAGCACUCCCAUACAGGGAAACUUAUUGCCGCACUAGCUGGUGUCUUUAUGUGGGAGGACCAAAAGAUUCGAGAUGAAGAAAUACUCAGGUGUGGACUUGAGCUUCAAGCGUUAGAAUCUGUGAAGAAUGUAAGGCCUUCCACAGAGAAGUUAGCAGGCCAGGUAGAUGCUGGCUGGGAAGUUGUCAUGGAAAGGAAGAACUUCCGAGUAUGGAGGCGACCUAUCCCAGACAGCCACUUGUAUGAAUACAGAGUUUUGGGUUCCUACGACGAUGUCACCCCUAGGCAGUUCUUCAAUGUUCAGUUGGAUACAGAGUACAGGAAGAAGUGGGAUGCUCUGGUAAUUAAGCUGGAGGUGGUGGACAGAGAUGCUUACACAGGUUCCGAAGUUGUGCACUGGGCCACACAUUUCCCUUAUCCCAUGUACUCGAGAGACUAUGUAUAUGUACGUCGCUACGAUGUUGACCUGGAAAAUAAUUUGAUGAUCUUGGUCUCCAGGGCUGUGCAGCAUCCAGGACUCCCAGAAACCCAGGACUUUGUCAGAGUCCACGCUUACCAGUCCAAAAUGGUCAUCCGCCCUCACAAGUCCUUCGAUGAGAAUGGAUUUGAUUACCUGCUUACCUACAGCGAUGACCCUCAGACAGCUUUCCCACGUUACUGUUUGAGCUGGAUGGUUUCCAGUGGAAUGCCCAACUUUUUGGAGAAACUGCACUCUGCAACCCUGAGGGCCAAGAACCUGGAAGUAGGCAUCUAUGACUACGCAGCUGUUGUUAAACCCAACGACACCAAGCACCAGCCCAACCAGGAUCGUCUAACCGGGGACAACACGCGUACGGGAGGUUCCGGACAGAUCUACGCCUAAGUUUCAGAGUGUGGAUGUCUUUUCUAUCUAGGAUGAGUUGUGGGAAAUGUGACUUCACCUGCUGUACACCUGUUCACACACAACUUCACCAGCCUCUUACAGUUUUGGACGCGUCAGCAUUAAAGGGAGUAUCAGACGGUUGGUUGGUCAAUUUGCAGACUCUUUACUUUCCCUUAGAUAUAUUUGAUGGAAUUGAUCACUUCCUUUCACUGGGUGGUUGUGAGAAAUGUGAACUGUGUGACGAAGAACAUUUGAACCUCUUGGAGAAAUUACGUGUGUGUGUGUGCGUGCGUGUGUGUGUGUGUUAGCCAGCCAGUCAGCAUCCUGAGGGGAACUAUGUUGAAGGCAACUGCACCAAUGAGACAGAGACAAAAUAACACCCACAAUGAUGAGAUUCUGUUGCCAAAGCACCAUGGAGCUAUACACCCGGCAUAGUAUUUUUUAUGGACCAGAAGACUAAGAGCUGGUGUGGUCACUUUCAAAUUAUGGGAAUUUUCAUCCAAUGGUAGUUGCCAGGUUCCUCAUGAUCCGUCCUUUCAUCGUUGAGUUUUUUCAAACUGGAAUGUUCUAACAGACUUAAACCGAUUUAACCGGAUUUUGAUCCACAAGGGGGCAUGGUGUCUUAGGACAACUGCAAAAUCCUCCAUAUCCAUAAUACAAAUGCUCUUUUUUCUUUAUUACCAAUGCAAUUACCCUUCACUUGUUUAUUUGAAUGCUAUUGUCUGAGAAUUUACAAGCAUGCCAACAAAUGGUAAUCAACUGCAUUUCAGUAGUUUCAGAACUGAUUGAAAUAACUGCUACUGUAUUUCCUAAAUACUAAAAGUGGUAAUUGUGACAUGUUGUCUUUGGAGAACAGACUGCACUAUUGUUCUUACUGCUGAAGCGGUAGAAUAGUUUGCAAUGAGAUGAAGUAGUGCAGAAGACUAUUUGCAAUUUCUCAAGACGUUUAGCUUAAAUGUUCUUCUGGGUUUAAUUAGUUUUUGUUUUUUGUUAGCUUUUUUUUGAAGUGGGGUGGUGCUUUUAGUGUAGGUUCCACUGUUUGAAUUACUUCUGGUUGAGUCUAAAGUGGGCAAAAUAGAUGUGUUACAGACAUGCUUUAUAAAUAGAUAUACUCAGAAGAUACUACUCCUAUAACAGCCCAGCAAUUAGGCGUGAAACACCCCCCAACUCUCUUUUUGUGUUAUUGCUUAAACCAGGCCUUUUCAGUUAGUUUUUUUUUCUCUCUCAAAAUAAUUGUUUUUUUUCUUAUGGAAAUGCAGAGCUCAGUAUAUAUUCUGCAGUACUUUGAAAAAUAAUGGGUGUUUUUACAGUCUUUUAAGUACGAGUUGUCUAGUUACAGUGGUACAGACUGUAAUUAAAGGUAUUAUGUAGAAAAAAAGUUAAGUCAAAUUCCCAAAUAAUAAUUACUUUUUUUUGUCAUGCAAUGAUCUUCAUUACAAAUAUCUAUUUAGCUCUGUAAAAAAAAAUAACUAUAUGACAGUUUUAAAUUUGUUAAAAUAAUGGAAUUGUGGAAAUGAAUUAAAGCCUCCAGUGGUGUUUCAAUUAAAUUGUGUUGAGAUGGUCAGUUGGAGGGCAAAGAGAAACACAGCGAAAAUAGUGUAGAUCACGCUUGGAAAGAUUUUUGAGAAUGUCCAGCUUGCGAAUGUCAAAUUAUAACGUGCUUUAACAUUUUCUCGGCACGUGUCUCCUCUGUUAGUCCACUGUGAUGCGUUCUGUAGCUUUCCUUUGUCAAGCUGUCUGACAUGUUUUAUGAUUUGCAAUGGUUGAUUCCUUUGAUAAAAAAACAUAAAUAAAUAAAAGGUAAAACAUGUUAGUUAUGAAAAGAACUGAAAAAUCUGUAACUGGUGCAACUAUGUAAGCUGUUGGUUGUAACAGGUUAUUUUAUGACAGCUUUGAAACAGUUGAACAACUAAUUAAUAAACAACUUAUUAAAAA